GGAGUUCUUUGAUUUUUUUUCUUUUCUUUUUGCUGUUUGUUGAUUAGAUGAACUCUCGUUCUCUCUCUUAUUUUAUAUGGCAAUCGUAUGAUAAAUAAAUAUCGACCGACUUUCAACAAAAAACAAUUUUUUUGAAAAGUCGGUUGACAUUUUUUGUACAAUGAAACGUCAGAAUAUACGUACAUUAUCCCUUAUUGUAUGCACAUUUACUUAUCUUCUUGUUGGUGCGGCAAUAUUUGAUGCAUUUGAAUCGGAACACGAAGAUAAACAACGUAUUGCAUUACAAACGUUUGAAAAUAUGCUUAAACGUAAAUAUAAUAUGAGUGAUGAAGAUUUUCGUAUAUUAACUACAGUAGUAAUUAAAAGUGUGCCUCAUAAAGCUGGUAUACAAUGGAAAUUUUCUGGUGCUUUUUAUUUUGCAACAACAGUGCUCACUACAAUCGGAUAUGGUCAUUCAACACCAGCAACGCCUGGUGGAAAAACAUUCUGUAUGGUAUAUGCAUUGGCUGGUAUACCAUUAGGAUUAGUUAUGUUUCAAAGUAUUGGUGAACGUUUAAAUACAUUUGUUGAAAAAGGUUUAAAACAAUGUAAAAAAUGUUUUCGUUGUAAAAAUCAAGAGGUAUCUGAAUCGAAUCUAAUAUUAUUUGUUAUGUUAUUAUCAACAAUUGUAAUGACAACCGGUGCUGCAAUGUUUUCUGCAUUUGAACAAUGGAAUUAUUUUGAUGCCUUUUAUUAUUGUUUUAUAACGCUCACAACAAUUGGUUUUGGUGAUUAUGUUGCCUUGCAAAAAGAUCGUGCCCUACAACAACGACCAGAAUAUGUUGCAUUUUCAUUAGUAUUCAUAUUAUUUGGUUUAUCCGUUGUAUCAGCUGCAAUUAAUCUUCUUGUAUUAAGAUUUUUAACAUUAAAUACUGAAGAUGAAAGACGUGAUGAAGCUGAAGCUGCCACUGCCGCACAAACUGCUGUUAGAUUAGAAGGUGAUGUUAUAACAGCAAAUGGUUCAAUACUUGGUUCAGAAGAACAAUUACAAAAACGUGAUGGUGAAAAAUAUACCGGUUCAGGUUUAAAUGAUGAAAAUAUUUCUGUUUGUUCUUGUACUUGUUAUGGUAAUUCAUCAACACGUUAUUGGAAUGCAAGUACAUCUCGUUCUUAUUUAGAUGAUAAUAAUCCAACAAGACCAUUAAAAACACCACCAUCAUCAACAUCAUCACCAAAAGUUCGUAUGGUACGUUAUUAUUAUAAUGGUGAUUCAUUACUUGGUAUGGAUAUUAAAGCAUUAGGUGAUAAUUAUGAUGGUUAUGAAAAAAUUGGUAAAAAAAGACGUAAAGAACGACUGAAAAAUGAUUUAUUUGGUUCAUCUAGUGGACAAAGUCAUCAUCAUCAUCAUCAUCGAUCAAUAUUAUCACGGUUGACCAAUAAAUUUGGCCAUCAUAAUCAUCAUCAACCUUCAUCAUCAAAUGAUCGUAGUACUAAUCGACGAUCAAUAUCUUUUGCAACUACAUCUGCAACAUCGACUAAUCGUCGAUCAAAUGAUCAUUCGGUUAUGCAACAAAAACAACAACAACAACAACAACAAGAACAAGGAUCAUUGAUUCGUAAACGUAACAACAAAAACAACAAUAAUAAUCAUCAUCAUCAAACCACACAAAAAUCAAAAUCAACAAUAACAUCCAACAAUCAUGAUAAAGAAUUGUAUAGUUUAAAAGAUUUUAAUACUAAUGUUUUACAACAACAACAACAACGACCAACAACAAGCAAUGUUCAACAACAACAACAACAUUCUCCUAAACAUCAUCAUUGUUACAAUGAU